UCGGGUUACUCUGUGCAGCGGACUGGCCCCUGUCUGUGGGACAAUGAAGCGUGACAUUUGUGUUCUUCAGCUCCUCGUGUUUUUGUUUGCACAUGUCCGAGCAGAGCCCCCUCCAGAGUGUGCGCCUGGGGGCCACUCCCUGCUCCAGGAGCCCUACCGCAGCACCACCUUCAGCUCCAGCUGGAUACAGCAGUCCUCCCUACACGAACUCAUCUGUGACCACUCACUCACAGCCGGCUGGUACAAGUUUCAGCUGUUCCACAAGCCCGCUAGCAUGCCAACACACUGUGUGGAGGUGAAUCACUGUGGCACCCAGGCUCCAGUGUGGCUGUCCCUGUCUGCGGGCGAGACUCUGCCCGGGCCCGGGGAGGUGAGGCAACUGUCAGCCUGUGCAGCGUGGCAUGUCUAUCCCAGCACCACCAAAGACUGCUGCACGUUCCGCCUCCCCGUCACUGUGCGCAACUGUGGGGACUUCUAUGUGUACCUGCUGCAACCGACCCAGGGCUGCAUGGCCUACUGUGCUCAGGAGGGGUCAGUGGGCAGGACGCCCCCCUGCAGCCGUGACGACGUGGACAGCGGUGGAACAUGUCAAAAAAAGCAGCCUCCUGCCCCAUCCUCAGUGCUGGUUGCCCCAGAGGCCAGAGGAAACAGUGUGUACCUGAAGUGCUCCUUUGACAGCCACUCCAACAGCUCGGUGGGCUUUGUGGUGGCCUGGUCCCGCCUGUCUGCUCAGGGCCUGAGAGAGGAGCUCAAACAGGAGACCACCAUUCACACCUCUGCCUUCAUAGAGCUGGACGGCUUCAACCUGCGCCUGGGGGACAAGAUUUACUGCUCCAGCUCAAGUUUCUUCUUGGACUCUCCAGAGGUCCACAGCCCCUCGGUGGAAAGUGCAGAGUUCUUUGCUGGAAUUAGAUUGAAAGCAGCAGAGAGCAGUGUGCCUGAGGAUGGUCGACUGUAUGAGCUGUUGUUGGAGAGCACAGUCCCUGUUCCAUGUCUGAAGGAGGUGUCAUCUCCACACGACUGCACGCUGAGCCUGGAGCUCAGCACCAGCAGCCAAGAUGAGGAGCUGUUGGGAUCAGACCUGUCGCUCUCCUCCUGUGCAGUGGACCUAACCCCUGGCCCUUGUGCAGAGGGCGUAUGUAGCCAGGCUUUACUUCAUUUUAGCCCCAUCACUGACUUUAUUCUGGAUGGAAACAGGACCACCAACAUCUCUGUCAAACCCAUCGUCACCGAGAACUUCCUGUGGAAUGGAUACACCCCAGAAACUGCUCAGAUAACAGUACAAGAUGUCCAGUCUGCCUACUGCUACGUCUUCACAGAUCCACACACUGUCACCUUUGAUGGAAGGUCUUAUGAAAACUACCAGAUCGGCACUUUUGUCCUGUACAGGAGUGUCCCGUGGAAUGUCGAGGUUCAUGUGCGUCAGUGGGAGUGUGGCAGUGUGGAGCACGCAGCCUCAUGUGUCUGUGGCUUUGUGGCUCGAGACGGAGACGACGUCAUCUCUUUGGACAUGUGCUAUGGAGAGUUGGGAGAAACCAAGCCUCACCUGUCAGUCAAAAACAAGGGCCUAAACAAGAGCAGUGUGCGCAUCACGGAGUCCUACCAGGGACGCAAGCUCACGAUGAGCCUUUCAUCAGGAGCGUUUGUUCGUGCUGAUGUGUCCUCGUGGGGGAUGAGUCUGACCGUGAGGGCCCCUGGAGCAGACAGGGGUCACACCCAGGGCCUGUGUGGGACAUACGACGGACAGCCUCACAAUGACUUCCACUCAGCGGAGGGCACACUACUGCCAGAUGUGCACAGCUUUGUCUCAGCUUGGAGACUUCCUCUGGGCAGCAGCUUCUUUGACUCAGUUCCAUCACCUCCUCUGACUGCAACCAGCCCUCGCUAAGGUUCUGUCACUGCCAGACCAAAGCCUCCUAGAACCUCCAACAGAGCCCAAGUCCACCUGACCUCUGAAGACUCCUGCUCUCACCAUGGGAACGUCCUUAUCUCCUCCAUGAUCCCAACUCUGGACGUAACCGCGGAAUACAUCACCUCUGUGGAACUCCUCAAAACGCACCCACUGCAUCCAAACAAACGGCAUUCUGUACGAUACCUCCCUCACUAUCACUCCCAAAGCCUGAGCCAAUCGCAUUUAGAAGACUUUGCCUACUUCUUCCCGGAGGACCAUGAACCUGCCCCUCAGCAGCCUGAUUUUCCCCCGACAUGGCCGACUCAUUCCGGGUUGAGCGAGGAGCAGGCCAGGGUGCAGUGUCGGAGGACGGUGGUGAAUUCCAGUAUUGCUCUAGGCUGCGUGCGGCUACUCCAUGCGGAUACGCUAGAUUGGGCUGUGGGGAUGUGCGUGUCUGACCUGCAGCUCAAAGAUGAAGACUCGUGGUUGAAUGGUACACUCCCCCUGCUGGAGAAUGAGUGCGAGCGCAGGCUGGUGGAGCAGAGGAGAAGAGAGGAGUACCCAGAGGUCUUGGCCAUUCUUAGGUGUCCCAGUCUGUGCAGUGGGAACGGCCAGUGCUCGGAGUGGGGCUGCGUGUGCUUCCCGGGCUUCGGCUCCUACGACUGCAGCUCCCUGUCUGAUCAGAUCCCAGAGAUCAGUGAGCUGGAGAGAGCCGGUGUGUGUGACGUGGGACAGACAGACUGCAGCAGUGUGCGUGUGUACGGACAGGGCUUCAGAGAAUCCUAUCAGCUCAAGUGUGAGUUUGUCCAAGAAAAGUUUGUGGAGGAUGAGUGGGUUCUGGAUGAGCCGCAGUUGGUCCUGGCCUCCUUCCUGGAUGUGACAGCUCUGGAAUGCCAGCUCCCCCUAGAGGACAGCCAGCACCCCACUGUCUCUCAGCAGCCAGCAGAAGCAGCCAACAGAGCAGUGUCCCGCUGGCAGAUCCGAGUUUCCAAUGACGGCUACAGUUACAGUAAUGCCAAGAUAGUGACGCUGUACGAUGGGCGUUGCCACAUCUGCAGUGCCAGUGCGGAGGUCCUCUGCACACUCAGGGAGAAGACGUGCUACAUUGCUGGUAUGUGCUACAGUGAGGGGGAGAGAAGUCCCAGCAGCCCCUGUCUCUCCUGCCGCCCUGACUCCUCCCCCCACGCCUGGUCCACUGCUGACAAGAACAUGCCCCCGGUGUUUCAGUCACUCCCUCCUCUGCUGCACUCCUUUUCUGGGGACAGUGUGGUGUACCAGCUGCAGGCUCAGGACCCAGAAGGCUCCGCUCUGCUCUUCAGUCUGGUCUCUGGUCCGGAGGGCUCCUCUGUGUCCCCCAGCGGUCUGCUCACAUGGAAGGCCUCAGAGAGUGCAGAGGACACAUAUACAUUCAGAGUGUCUGUGACUGACCACUGCGCUGCUCACACCACAGCUCAAAUACAGGUGUCUGUGCUGCCGUGUGGUUGUCUAAAUGGGGGCUCAUGUGUUCCCUCCCCCCUCCACCCCCUUGGCAGUGGAGUGUACCUGUGUGUCUGCCCUGAAGGCUUCAGAGGGGGGCGCUGUGACGAGGACAUCGACGAUUGCAAACCCAACCCCUGCAGAUACGGACGAUGCAUCGACGCGCCAGGCUCCUUCUCCUGCAUCUGCCCACCAGGAAUGACCGGUCAUACGUGCAGAGAAGAUGUGGAUGAGUGCGUGUCUCAGCCCUGUUUCCCUGGAGUGAGAUGUAACAACACGCUGGGCUCUUUCACCUGUGGACUCUGCCCUCCAGGGUUCUCUGGGGACGGCAAAAACUGUACACAGGGACCACAGUUUCCAUCAAGGCCCAAAUCCACCAGGCCACCCUCAACCUCCCUCUGCAGCAGGAGGCCCUGUCACCCCGGGGUGCAGUGCUUUGAGAGCGUCCAUGUUUCAGCAGGAUAUGUCUGUGGGCCCUGUCCUCACGGUCUCCAAGGAAACGGACGUAUUUGCAGAAGGACAAACCAGGGAACAAUCCCAAGUGAAGCUGAUGGACCCCCCCAGGUCAACAAACACAACCCAUUUCCUCCCACCAAGUCCAGUCUGCUCAGGACACAGCCCGACAGAAGAGGCAGGCCCAAGGAGAGAACCACAGAGAGGAAUCAAACUACAGCCCUCUCCCCCUUCGUCAACAGAGGGCAGCCCCGCGGGACACUGCUGACCCCUGACCCGAGCACAGGGGGGAGGGGUGGAGCCUGUGCGGAUGGGACCUGUUUCCCAGGAGUGCCCUGUGAAGCUGUUGCCCCUGGGCUUUACAAGUGUGGCUCCUGCCCACAUGGUUACACAGGAGACGGUGUGACGUGUAAAGCCGUGUGCAAGUAUCCAUGUGGAAGAAAUAUGGAGUGUUCUCUGCCCAACACUUGCACCUGUAAAGAAGGCUACACCGGGUACAACUGUCAUAUUGCAGUGUGCCGUCCAGACUGUAAGAACCAGGGCCGGUGUGUCAGGCCUAACGUGUGUGAGUGUCCUAUGGGACACACUGGACCUACCUGUGAACAAGCCCACUGUGACCCCCCCUGCCUGCAUGGUGGAACAUGUGCGGCCAGAAACCACUGCACCUGCCCCUAUGGCUAUGUGGGCCCCAGAUGUGAAAUCAUGGUGUGUAGUCGACACUGUGAGAAUGGAGGGGAGUGUGUGUCUCCUGAUGUGUGCCGGUGUAAAGCGGGCUGGCAGGGACCCACCUGCGCUUCAGCUCUGUGUGAUCCUCUGUGUGUCAAUGGAGGAACAUGCAUCAAACCCAACUCCUGUGUCUGCCCCAGCGGCUUUUACGGCGCGCGCUGCCACAUCGCCUUAUGUAACCCUCCAUGUAAAAAUGGAGGCCAGUGCAUCAGGAACAACAUGUGCUCGUGUCCAGAGGGCUACACCGGGAGGAGGUGCCAGAGGAGUGUGUGUGAGCCCGUGUGCAUGAACAGAGCCAAGUGUGUGGGGCCCAACACCUGCUCCUGUGCAUCGGGCUGGAGCGGGGACAGGUGCAGCAUACCGGUGUGUCUGCAAAAGUGUAAGAAUGGAGGGGAGUGCAUCGGACCCAACACCUGCCAGUGCCCCGUGGGGUGGGAGGGGCUCCAGUGUCAGAGCCCUGUGUGUAAGCCGGCCUGUCUGAACGGAGGGAGGUGUGUGCUGCCCGAUUACUGCCACUGUCGCAAAGGAUUUAAAGGACUCACAUGUGCAAUAAAGGCUUCACAAGCAUGA